AUGAGUUGAAUCAAGGAGCGGUGGAACAACUGGAUCCCUCCACCCCACAGCCACAGACAGAGAUUAGCCCCAAGUAUUAGUUGCAACCCAUCUUGGUAAAAGACUUCUUAUGCCAUAUGCCAUUUGAUAUGGUAAAAUAAACCAAAAAGUACCAAAUCGAUCCAUCCACUUGUCUUAAACUUAAUAACAAACCCCCCCCGCUCUCUUUCUUUCUCACUUCUUUCUCCCAACCCAGUCCAUAUGCGAAGAAAGCAGAGCGAGAAGAGGCAUAAAGUGAUCAGAAGAAAUGGCAUCAUUCGACAAUGACUCCUCCAAAUCUGGAUCUACAGCUGCUGCUGUUAUCAACGGCGGUAACACGACGUCGGCGGCCGCUGCUCCUCCACAAGGCCGUAAGACAGCCUUGAUCACUGGCAUCACCGGCCAGGACGGUUCCUACCUUACUGAGUUCCUCCUCAACAAGGGCUACGAUGUCCAUGGCCUCAUUCGCCGCUCCUCCAACUUCAACACCCACCGCAUCAACCACAUCUACAUCGAUCCCCACAAUUCCCAUAAGGCCCGCAUGAAGCUACACUACGCUGACUUGACUGACGCCUCCUCCCUUCGCCGCUGGCUCGACACCAUCCUCCCCGACGAGGUCUACAACCUCGCUGCCCAGUCUCAUGUUGCCGUCUCCUUCGAGAUCCCCGACUACACCGCUGACGUCGUUGCCACUGGUGCCCUCCGCCUCCUGGAAGCCGUUCGAUCCCAUAUCUCCGCCACUGGCCGCACUCACAUCCGCUACUACCAGGCCGGAUCUUCCGAAAUGUUCGGAUCUUCGCCACCUCCUCAAUCGGAAUCCUCCCCAUUUCAUCCCAGAUCGCCCUAUGCUGCAUCCAAGUGCGCCGCGCAUUGGUACACCGUCAAUUACAGGGAAGCCUACGGCAUCUUCGCAUGCAAUGGGAUUCUCUUCAAUCACGAAUCGCCCCGCCGUGGUGAGAAUUUCGUGACUCGGAAGAUAACUCGAGCAGUGGGCCGGAUCAAGGUUGGGCUGCAGAAUAAACUGUUUUUGGGCAAUUUGCAGGCCUCGAGGGACUGGGGUUUUGCGGGAGAUUACGUCGAGGCAAUGUGGUUGAUGCUUCAGCAGGAGAAGCCAGACGAUUACGUGGUGGCAACGGAGGAGUCUCAUACGGUGGAGGAGUUCCUGGAGGUGGCAUUUGGGUAUGUUGGAUUGAAGUGGAGAGAUCAUGUGGUGAUCGAUAAGCGGUAUUUCAGGCCUGCCGAAGUGGACAAUUUGAAAGGGGAUUCAACCAAGGCGAGGCGUGUACUGGGGUGGAAGCCCAAGGUUGGAUUCGAGCAAUUGGUGAAGAUGAUGGUGGACGAGGACAUCGAAUUGGCGAAGAGGGAGAAGGUUCUCGUUGAUGCUGGUUACAUGGAUGCACAGCAGCAGCCUUGAUUAUCGGAAUGAUGGGUUCGUCUUUGGCUCUUUGCUAUAACAAGCACAAGGUUUUGGGUUUUCAGUCUCUGUUUUCACUUUUCAGUAGGGUUAAUGCAAUGUAAGAUCCUCAUUUUUUUUUUAUCGUUGUUGUUGUUGUUAUUACAUGUAUUCUCACGUCUUCUUUUCAUUUCAUGAUUGAUUGAUAUUCAUAGAUCCAAUAUUAAAUUCCAGUAAUUCGAUGUAAUUUCCACUA